CUCUACAUCAUUGAAUGGAGACUACGGCUUGACCUAGGCAUAGAAUGAGACACACACUCCGGCAAAGCUUUCAGUCGGUGGCUGCAAUCGUAUCCUCCUCCUCUAACAUGACGACAUCGACCGUGCAAACUCUACGCCAAGGACCAGCAGCACGGGGCUUGCUCCUKGAGGCCGCGCGUUCCUUUUAUCGGAAGCACUCGGAUCUCAUCAAGGAAUCCCACGGGAUCCAUCACUGGGAGCGGGUGCACCACCACGCUUGCAAUGCCAUAGAAUCCCUGGCAACGGCCGAGCAGUCUCACCAGAGAGUGCAGCUUUCGGAACACCAGGCACUUGAAAUCGAGGCCGCGGCCCUGCUCCACGACGUAGACGACGAAAAGUACUUUCCGAAAGCAGCAGCACCAGGAAAAGGGGACAAGGAUCGCGCAGCCGACAACGAUGGUCAGAAGUACUAUGCGUUCAUGUAUCCCAAUGCGCUGGAACUCUUGAAGCAAGCCAAGAUCCCCGAACAAAGCUACGAAACGAUCUUGUUCAUGAUCGACGCCGUGAGUUGCAGCAAGAACGGAAACUCCGUUCCGGAUYGCGUCGACAGCGGUCGCGGAGGAAUCAGCAACGACGACAGAUCAACAAACUACCACCUGCUGAUUCCCCGAUGGUCGGAUCGCAUCGAAGCUGUCGGUGCCCGCGGUGUGUGGAGGUGCUACCAAUACAACCAAGAAAAGAAGCGUCCCCUUUGUUUGCSGGGGGUGACGCCCCGUCCCCGGUCGGAAGACGAGCUGUGGUCCCACGUGGUUCCGGAACGCUUCGAGGCCUACAUGCAGGCCGAGGACGGUGCGACGCAAGACCCGAGCAUGAUCGGCCACUACUACGACAAGCUCCUCCACGUGGCCUGUCCCCCGAGGGAAAUUGUCCGGAACGAGUACCUUSAGGAGAAGCUGCGGGAUUCCGCGAAGGAACUCGUCGAGGUAUGCUUGCGGUACGGGGAAAGUGGGGUGGUCGACGAGGAUUACAUACGGGGGUUCCGAGAUUAGUAAUUCAAUGCCGUUCUGUAUUGCUUUGACCUCCGGGACUCCGAUAUUUUUACUUGUUUGUUUUCGCUUCGGCAUUAGUAGAAAGCAAAUAACAAUAGAAUUGCUUCGACGUU